AUGCGCGACCGAAAUGCUCAAGGAAAAGAGCAAAGAGAUGCACCCAUGACGCCGGCCAAACGAUCAAUGACCAGUCUCGUGUCAUACUGGCUUGCUGGGCUUGUCUUUCUCAGUGCCGCGACGCUGCUUGUUGGGCCAUACAUUGGCUUGUGGUCCCAGCAUCUUACCGCCAAACAACCCCAAACACGCGAUCAGGUCGCUAUACCAUUACAUCCUCACAUUCACAGCAGCAGAGGAGCCAAAACCUUGCGAUUUGACUGGACCGUGACAACUGGUUUGCGCAGCCCAGACGGCGUCGAAAAACUAGUCUAUCUGGUUAAUGGAGAGUUUCCCGGACCAACCAUUGAAGCACGCUCAGGGGAUAGACUUAUCGUGAACGUCCAUAAUCGUCUCUCUGAUGAAGGCCUAUCCAUUCACUGGCAUGGUCUGCAGAUGAGAGGCAACAAUACCAUGGACGGAGCUGUCGGCGUUACCCAGUGUCCUAUCCCUAAUGGCAAGGAUUUCGUGUACGACUUCAACAUUGGAUCUGAAGAGCAUGGCACAUUUUGGUGGCACAGCCACCACAAGGUUCAACGCGGUGAUGGCCUGUUCGAUGGAUUGAUAGUUCACCCGCCUCGCCAGCAAGUUCCUCCCGACAAUUACGACGACUACGACGACGUGCUUCUCAUGGUUGGAGACUGGUUCCACCAACCCCAAACAGAUGUCCUUGACUGGUAUGCGGGAUGGACAAGUCUCGGAGAUGAGCCCGUGCCAGAUUCCUUGCAGAUCAACGGCCGAGGGCGUUUCGACUGUUCGAUGGAGAUGCCUGCGUUUCCGAUCAACUGCACAGACAAGUCAAUCACCAACAUGACACCUAUAUUUCGUCGCAAGGCCCCUAGAACGAGGCUACGGCUUGUCAACGUCGGCACAGUCUCCGGUGUCACCCUCAUGAUAGAUGGGGCCGAUCUUCAGCCAAUCGAGGUGGACGGUGGAUGCGCUGUGCAUUCGUCUGCCGCUGAUGCCAUCGGCAUCCUCUACCCGGGUGAGCGCACUGACUUGAUGCUAGCCUGGAAAGACGAUUUUCAAGGCGAAAAAUGGUUCAACGUGUACUUGGAUGAUGAAAAUUAUUCUCGACCCAAUCCUUCGCUCAUCGAAGAACAGGCCUUUCCAGCCUUACCGGAAACAGCACUUGCUGCAACAUUUCAGCCGCCUAGAGACCUUGCCGCUGUCGCAACACGCAUCGAUAUUUCGGAGCUAGCAUCUGAGGCGCCAACCAAGACCCAUUUUCCUCCGGCCCAACAGACGAUAUUGUUUUAUCUGAAAACAAUGAUCAAGUCGCAUCUCGGCAACCGGCCACAUGGAUAUGUAAACCACACCACGUGGGAGCCGCAGCCACAACCGCUCCUCUCUCAGAGCCGCCAGGACUGGGACGAAAACCAAUUCUUCCCCUACGUGCAGAGCGGAUCAGAACCUGUCCACAUCGACCUCGUCAUCAACAACUUGGAUGACGGAUCACACCCCGUACAUCUGCACGGACACUCAUUUUACGUCUUGUCCUCCUUUCGAGCCAAAGGCCGCGGAGGCUGGGGCAGCUACAAUCCAUAUGACCCCAAAAGUGUUUUGCGGCGCCCGCUGAAUUUGGAGAACCCGCUUGUCAAGGAUACAGUCAGCGUUCCUCGGCGCGGACAUGUUGUGCUGCGAGUGGUGGUGGAUAACCCUGGGCUUUGGAUGCUUCACUGCCAUAUGAUGGUCCACAUGGGUACGGGCAUGGCAGCGGGAUUCCAUGUCGGCCCGGCAGAGGACGAGCAGCACUUGCUUGGCAUGGACUCGACAGCAGCCGCUCUUUGUGAAGCGCCGUAG